CCUGUUGUUGUUAGCUUUGCUAGCUAAACAGGCUAGCUGAACAUAUUCGACCGCCCGACACUGUAAGCGGUAAAAAAUAAAUCACGUCGAGAUUUAAAACGUACGGCUGGAUUACUGCUGCUGGUUCAACGUUGCUUCUUUCCCGUCACCAUGGACGAGGAAUAUUACAGCAGCGCUGGAGACUGGGAGGGCCCCGACGGUAACUUGGAGGAUUAUGUUGAAGGGGAAAAUGAUGGGAAAAUACAGGAAGAUUGUUUGCAGAAAUUCUCCAGCAGGGAUUACAUCAUGGAACCUGCCAUCUUCAACACCCUCAAAACGUAUUUCCAAGCAGGUGGCUCUCCAGAACAUGUCAUCCAGCUGCUCUCUGAGAACUACUCUGCUGUGGCUCAGACCGUCAAUCUGCUGGCAGAGUGGCUCAUCCAGAUGGGUGUGGAGCCUGCUCAGGUCCAAGAGAGAGUAGAAAAUCACCUCAAGAGUCUCCUGAUAAAACACUUUGACCCUCAGAAAGCUGAUUCCAUUUUCACUGUUGAGGGAGAGACUCCAGCUUGGCUCGAGCAGAUGAUAGCGCACACCACAUGGAGAGAUCUUUUCUAUAAGCUGGCAGAGGCUCACCCAGACUGCCUGAUGCUCAACUUCACUGUAAAGCUUAUUUCAGAUGCAGGUUAUCAGGGUGAGAUCACCAGCGUGUCCACAGCGUGUCAGCAGCUGGAGGUUUUCUCCCGGGUGUUGAGGACGUCUUUGGCCGCGCUGCUGGAUGGAGGAGAAGAAAACCUGGAGAAGAACCUGCCAGAAUUUGCUAAGAUGGUUUGUCACGGCGAGCACACAUACCUCUUUGCCCAGUCCAUGAUGUCCAUCCUCGCUCAGGAAGAACAGGGCGGUUCAGCUGUUCGUAGGAUCGGCCAGGAGGUGCAGAAGUCCGCGCAUGAGAGAGGUCAUGAUGCCAGUCAGAUAACCCUCGCUCUCGGUACAGCAGCAGCCUACCCUCGAGCCUGCCAGGCACUGGGUGCCAUGUUGUCCAAAGGAGCCCUGAAUCCUGCAGAUAUUACAGUUCUGUUCAAGAUGUUCAGCAGCAUGGACCCGCCUCCUGUGGAGCUGAUCAGAGUGCCUGCCUUUCUGGACCUGUUCAUGCAGUCGCUGUUUAAACCCGGAUCAAAGAUCAACCAAGACCAUAAACACAAAUACAUCCACAUCUUGGCCUACGCUGCCAGCGUGGUUGAAACGUGGAAAAAGAACAAGCGAGUCAACAUCAAUAAAGAUGAGCUGAAGUCGACUUCCAAGGCCAUAGAGACUGUGCACAACCUGUGCUGCAAUGAGAACAAAGGCGCCACAGAGCUGGUGGCUGAACUCGGCACUUUGUAUCAGUGCAUCCGGUUUCCGGUAGUUGCCAUGGGGGUUUUGAAAUGGGUGGACUGGACGGUGUCUGAGCCACGGUACUUCCAGCUGCAGACAGACCACACUCCAGUACAUUUAGCUUUACUGGACGAGAUCUGUACGUGUCACCAGCUGCUGCACCCGCAGGUCCUCCAGCUGCUCGUCAAGCUUUUUGAGACAGAGCACUCUCAGCUGGAUGUCAUGGAGCAGCUGGAGCUGAAGAAGACUCUGCUGGACCGAAUGGUUCAUCUGCUGAGUCGUGGCUAUGUCCUGCCUGUAGUUGGUUACAUUCGCAAGUGUCUGGAGAAACUCAACACGGAUAUCUCCCUCAUCAGAUAUUUCGUCACUGAGGUGCUAGAUGUGAUAGCGCCUCCCUACACAUCAGACUUUGUUCAGCUCUUCCUGCCCAUCCUGGAGAACGACAGCAUCGCAGGAACCAUCCGCACAGAGGGAGAACAUGACCCGGUUGCGGAGUUCAUUGCUCAUUGCAAGUCAAACUUCAUCAUGAUAAACUGAUGAGGAGUGGAUGCUGAAAAUGUUCCUGUUAGAGAUUGUACCAAGAUCUAACAGCGACAGAAGAUCCGUUAUCUCCAUGAUAAC